CAUAAUUAUGGAGGCUGUUCCGUGAUGAGCUGCUGUAUCGGAGACGAGAUGCUGUUGGUGUGUCAGUUAAAGUUGGGCUGGUUGGGGCAUCCCUCUUCUCUCCUCAGUGGUUGUGAUUGGUGGCUGUGAGCAAGAUACUCCCCUUUCUGUGAGCGUUAAGUCUGAGUGGUCUGUGUGUGUUGGCCAGCCAGCAGCAGCUCGAAUUGACGAGUGAGUACUCCCUAUGGGUGAAGCACAUUCUCUGCCAUUGUGAUUAACCUCAGAGGCCGUGUUUCAAACGGCCCUAACUCCCCCCGACCCCCUACCCUCCACCGUAAGGCAUCAUGGGGGAGGUAGUCCAGAUGCAGUUCACCACAGUGGACUACGUCAUCUUUGCCUUGCUGCUAGUGGCCUCGGCUGGCAUCGGCCUGUUCUAUGCCUUUUCUGGGGGCCGCCAACGCACAACACAGGAGUUUCUACUGGCCGACCGGUCUAUGAGCUGCCUGCCUGUGUCUCUGUCUCUGCUGGCCACCUUCCAGUCGGCAGUGGCUAUCCUGGGCGCUCCAUCGGAAGUGUAUACAUACGGGACCCAGUACUGGUUCCUGGGUUGCUCCUACUUCCUGGGCCUUCUCAUUCCAGCCCAUGUAUUCAUCCCAGUCUUCUACAGGUUGCGGCUGUCCAGCGCCUAUGAGUAUCUGGAGCUGCGCUUCAAUAAGACGGUUCGCAUAUGCGGGACUGUGACCUUCAUCUUUCAGAUGGUCAUAUACAUGGGGGUUGUCCUCUAUGCACCAGCAUUGGCCCUCAAUGCAGUGACUGGCUUUGACCUCUGGGGGGCAGUGCUGGCCAUGGGACUGGUUUGCACACUCUACACCACUCUGGGAGGCCUGAAGGCGGUGAUUUGGACGGACGUGUUCCAGACAGUGGUGAUGUUUGCAGGCCAGCUGGCAGUCAUUGUGGUUGGGGCCAGCCAGGCAGGGGGCAUAGCAGAGGUCUGGAGGAAAGCUGUUAACGGUAGCCGCAUCUCUGGGCUAGACCUGAACCCCAACCCUCUUGAACGCCAUACGUUCUGGACGCUGGGCGUGGGCGGGGUCUUCCUGAUGCUGGCUCUGUAUGGGGUCAACCAGGCCCAGGUCCAGAGAUAUCUCAGCUCCCGCACAGAGAAGGAAGCUGUCAUGUCUUGCUACGUGGUUUUCCCAUGCCAACAGCUCGUGCUGUGUUUAGGCUGUCUGAUGGGUCUGGUCAUGUUUGCUCGCUAUGGAGAAGACAGCCCUCUGGACAAGGGCUACGUCAAAACGAAUGACCAGAUGGUGCUCUACUUUGUGAUGGAUGUGUUCAGGGACUUGCCUGGGCUCCCAGGACUGUUUGUGGCCUGUCUGUUCAGUGGAGCUCUCAGCACCAUUUCCUCAGCUUUUAACUCCCUAGCAACAGUAACCAUGGAGGACCUGAUUAAGCCUCAUUUUCCAGCCAUGACUGAAGCCAAAGCCACACUGCUCUCCAAAGGACUUGCUUUGGCCUACGGUCUGAUUUGUCUGGCUAUGGCCUAUAUCGCCUCUCUGAUGGGAUCUGUGCUUCAGGCAGCCUUCAGCAUCUUUGGGAUGGUGGGUGGUCCGCUGCUGGGCCUUUUCUGUCUGGGAAUGUUCUUCCCCUGGGCGAAUGCCACUGGUGCAGUGGUUGGUUUGAUAGCAGGUCUGGUCAUGGCCUUCUGGAUCGGCAUCGGCAGCUUUGUGAUGCGAAUGUCUGGUUCCACUCCACCACUCAACACCACCGCUCCACCUCUCUUUGGCAACAUGACCACCGCUGUCAUGACAACGCUGGUCAGCUCUGCCACAGCCAAGCCAAGGCCAACCGGUGUGGAGGCGCUCUAUUCGUUGUCCUAUAUGUGGUACAGCGCUCACAACUCAACCACUGUUGUGGUGGUUGGACUGCUAGUCAGCCUGCUAACAGGUCCUAUGAAGGAGAAGGAGCUUACCCCUGGCACAGUGUACCCAGUCCUGGGCAAGCUGCUCUUCUUCCUGCCUCAGCGCUACAGGGAGAAGCUCUGCUGUGUCUCCCCCCUGGCUCACAAGCCCAAAGCGAUCAACACGCAGCCUUACCAGAUGGCCAAGAAGGAACGCAACGGAGCAGCUUACCCCAAAGAGGAGAUGAUCAUAGAGGAAAAAGAGAGAGAGGAGAGUCAGAGGGAGAAAACAGAGGAAGGAGAUGAGGAAACUGGCACUGCAGUGCCCUCAUGUCAACUGACAGCUCACACAGUUCAGGAGACAGCCUUGUGAUUCCUCUGAUCGCCACAACACGCACAACACACACACACACACACACACAUGCACAUACAUGUACUUUCACUCCCAACUAGCAUCCAGCCUGAGCUCAGCUCAUUCUUCCUGGGGGAGAAAGCCCCUCAUGGGGCACAAAAGGCAAAAUGAAGCCCCCGUGUCUGGAGCACAGAGGUCCAUCACUAAGUGGACAGUGGAAAAGGGAGUUUGGUCAAAAAGCCCUGCAUGGUGAAAACGAUACAACACUAAGUUUUGUGUUGGUAUUUUUAUGUUUUUUUUUUUUUGUUUGUUUGUUUGUUUGUUUUUUUGUUUGUUCAUUUAAUUAUGAUUUAGAAAUCCCAAGUCUGUGCACCAGUUGCCAGGCUGAAUUUGUGCACUGAAUGCUAAAAUGGCAGCAAUUGAAGGAGAAAUGACAACAAAGUGGAAACACAGGCAAUCACGAGGCAAGCUGGGGGAGGGGAGCUAAAACCCCUCUUUACAUCCGUCAGUCUCCUUUAGCCACAGUGACACAGUUUUGGAUGUGUCUUAAUGCGUCCUGUAAUGUUUUCAGUGGAAAGAGUGACAAGUUAUCGGUGCACAAGGAACUGCUCCACUGUUAAUAUGGAUCCAAGUCAUUCUGCUGGACAAAGGCAAAAUAAUCAGGUAGCAAAUAGAUUAAACACAAGAAAUAAGAUGUACAUACAGUUUAAUUAUUUUUGUAGAGGAUGGAAGCGUAAAAUCUCAGAAUAUGUACAAAAGAAUAUAAUAUAAAAAACAGAAUUUUAAGACUGAAACUCGACAGAAGCUUUGUGCAGAGUUUUGUGAUAUUGUGAUAGCCUUGGUUCCUGUGUUGUGUAGGUUCUUUACAUGGCCUUUAUUUAAUACUAAUGUUUGCAUUCCCAGCUGCUACUGUAGAUCUAUGAAUACUACAAAUGGAAACAAAGAUGUUGAGUGUUGAGAUGAGGGAAAAGAUGGCAUGCCAUAGCAGCAGAAUUAGACUAAGCACACUAUAUCCUGACCGUAAUUAUCCUGUUCUAGAGCAAGGAGAGAAAAUGCAUGAGGAGAAAACAUCAUCACAGUCAGUGAGAUGUAAAACACAUGUGCUAUGUUUUACCUGAGAGAGGCAUGAAAACAGAAGUCUCGCUGUGUAGAUGUUGUCUCCUCAUUCAUUGUUUUAUCUUAUUUCUGGAAAGGAAAUUAAGGUUCACCAUUGUAACGUCACAUUUUCACUGAAGAAAUCUCUACCUGUGUUUUGGUUCCUCUUGAUGUCACAGAUCCCCAUGUGCAGUCAUCUAGCAGCAGACAUUUGUGGCAAGCACUGUGUUCAGUUCUAUUGAAACGCACAACGGCACCCAAUAUACUGACUUUUCCUUGAAUUGCUUUGCUUAGUGGUCGAAGUGUACCUUAAAAGACCUUGGGGAAAAAUGGGAAAACUUUACUAAGAAACCAGAGGUUCUUGCUUCUUUUAUUCAAUGUUUUUGUAUGGACUGAAUUUAUGUCAGGGCUGCUUGCUGUUGGGCUAACUGGACUUCACUACAUUCAAGAGAGCCCUAAAUUUGGAGACACCUGUCAUCAUGGUGGAACAGUCUAUAUUCCAUCCCAUCAGCAGUUUAAUCAUCACAACUGCGCUUCUUACAUCAUCUUAAUUUUGAAAGACAGAAAUAAGCACAGAUUACAUUUUUGCUGCUCUUCAUUUUGUUCAUACUCAUGUAGAAAGUAUUUUGAAUAGUGAGAACAGAGUGACAUGUUUCAUGUCCCUUUUCUGCCGUGCAAAACCCAUGAAGUUAUGAAGUGCCUCAUUUCAUAGCCACUUAACUGAAUGGUGUUAUUUUUAUUUCACAUGUUGGUAUCCUGUGACAUGGGAUACAGUUGUCUCGCUGUCCAAGCACCUACAACUCACCUGCAGUGGUCCAUUGCUCUGUAUGGGUCUUUGGUUUUCAUUCGUUUGACACACAUUAUAGUACAAAUAGCUUGGCUGCCUCCUUUUACCCCAUUGUUGAACUUGAUCAUGCAUGUGUUUACAUGCAGUCCUUUAAUGGGAAGACUGCCUGAAUGAAGAUAGACAAAAGCACAAUGGGAAGACUGCCUGAAUGAAGAUAGACAAAAGCACAGCACUACUCAUGAAUCACAUAGAAAAGGGAUGGACCUACAUUAGUUCAGUUCACCAGUGACUUGAUGUUUAGCGUUAUGUUCUUGGCAGUAGAAAAGAUGAUUCAGUCAUCUCAAGUAAUUUUAUGUGCGUAUUCUAAAUAUCUUUGUAAGUGCCCACGUUCUUUAAAUUCAGGUAAACGUGUUGUCAGUGCCAGUAUGUGAUUGAUUUGGUUAAUGUUGUCAUUUCAGAGUAUACAGUUCUGUUUUUUUUAGAUUUGGAUCCUGCUGUGCAGAGGGUUUGCAUAAUUAUGUGCUCAACAUUGUCUUGUCAUUUUUUGGAAUCUCAUAAUUCCUUACCAUCCUGGCCACCUUUACUGUUGCAUCCAUAUCAUCUCUCGUCAGUGUGUAAGAGGAUGGAUGUGCCUCUGUAUACAAGUGUUCUUGGUCUCUGUGUUGUCUGUCCUCUUUUGCUAGGCCUUGAUAAUGGACCUUAUGCCAUGCCUGUUCACGUGACUUACUAUGGUUUGAUCAUGACUACUGUCGUUAACAACUCUGAACCCAUGAAACUCUAGUUUUGCUUUUUUUUUUUUUUUUUGUCCCAAAGACUUUUCUCUACCACUGCUAGUCUUCAGUAGAGUCCAGAUGAACUACACACUUAAAAAAAUCAUUUCAAUGUGUGUACAGCAUAUUUUUGUUACUUUACAAAACAAGAUAUUACUAACAUGUACUGUCAAUGUGUUUGUGUAAGUUGAAAAGUAACAAUCCAUGUCUCAUUAGAUGCAGAUGUGUUGAAAGUUAAAUCCCCUUCAAGGGUAAAAAAAAAAAAAAAAAAAAAAAAGUGAAAUGACAUUUUUAUUUUAACUUAAUAUAAGUUUCAUUUUUAUAUUGAGUAUUAUGUCUCUCUGCCCUAUAAUUUUGCUGUUUAAAUUUAUCCUUUAAGUUGAUAUAGUCAAAAUUGUCUUUACAUUUCCCACACAGUAUAACCAGUUAUGUGUCCACUUUGCAGGGCCAUUUUAAUUGAAAAGGAUUAUGGAUUAUAUUCACUCUCCUAUAAAAUCUUACAUCCCUAAAACCAUGUAAGCACCAGUCCAUUUCAAAAGCAAAAGAUGUUUGUACCAUCAUCGUACAACUCAGAUAUACCUCUAUUUAUCCAAAGCAUAUAGAAUGUGAAUUCAUUUCAUGUAUUUUGAUAGUUUCUUUUUUACCAAUAGAAAAUAUAUUUGAAAUCAUAUUUGUAUAUUUUCGUAAUUUCACAUAAAGCCUGUGUACAUUUCCUGAGUUGAAAUGUACAAUUCUAUAUGCAAGUACCAUGAAAUGUUUUAUUUUGUGAAUGAUGGGCAGAAGUGGGACAGUGGCACUCAACUCGGACGUCUCUUAACUUGUGGACACUGCUAGAGUAGUUUACUAUAAACUACUGUGUCAGUACUUAGCCUGAUUUCAGCAUUAUUUAAAUGUUGGUAUUGAAAAGUUUUAGCUUUUUUGUUAGUGCUACACCCCAUAUUCUAGCCGUCUCAUUCACCCAAAACAUUUGAAUGGUUCCUAAAGGGGUUUUGAAAUGUUUUAAUUACAUCCUGUGACGAGUAUGUACUUGUCUUGUUGAGACAAAUCUUUAUUAUUUAUGAUUACAUAGUGCUGAAUCCUUGUUCUGCAUACCUGAAAUUACUUGAAGUGUGUGCCUGUAAUGCUACUCUGAUGAUAUACAGAUAAAUGCUCUUUAAAAUUGGAGUCAUGAACUCAUCCGUAAGUGCUAAGAUAUUAUUAUUGAUGUUAAAGAUGUCCUUUAUUAGCCCAGAUUGGGUCGAGCACUGUGAUAAUGAUGAUGAACUCUGACAUACACAACAAAGCACAAUGAGGUUUAAUAGUCCUGCUAUUGAAAUAAUCUCUCUGAAGCCAUCAAUUCUUGUAUAACAACUAAAUACUCUGUGUUCAGAAGUUUUGAUUGUAAAGAGGUGAAUGACCUGCUUGAGAUGCACUCAAAUUAUGUUAAUUGUAUUCUGCUGAAUAUUGGCCUUCUCUGUAGGUAAUGAAUUUUGACUGCACAAAAAAAUCGAUCGAGAACACACUGACUUGCACAUUAAAGAACAGCAUGGCACUUAGUAAUUUCCAGCGAUAAUAAAUAUUCUGAUGAUGGUUCAAUAUUUAUUAUCCUGUGUGUUUGUUCUCCCAUUCAUAAGAUCUUUCCUAGUAGACUGUGCAUUCCAAAAAACGAAACGAAAAUCCAUGAGCACUAAUGUCAAAAUGAUUACUCUGUUCAGGCUGUGCCUUCAUACAAUCUCUGGAUUGUAAAGUUCUCUUCAGCUGUUGGUCUUGAUGAAAAUCUGUUUGAACCUCAGAUGUUUCCAUGAUUUCUGAUCCUGUUCAUUUGUCAAAAAGAGUCCAGGAUAUUCCCCUCUGGAGGUUGACUCUGGUCUAGGAAGUUGCACUCUGUCUGACAAAUCUAUCCACACCUGGACCAAAACCAAGGAGUGGGAUUCUUUGUUAUUCUUGUUCAAAUCCCAAAUAAUAACAAUGAAUCACAAAAUGUCCAUAUUUAAAAAAAAAAAAAAAAAAAAAAGAGAGAGAGAGAGAAAAGAAGAAAGAAAGAAAAAACAAUCAACUUGUGUCCAAACCAAGCCAAGAGAAACUGAGCCCAAACUAUCCUGAGCUGUCUGAUCUAGUUGUGCCAAAUCAGGCUAGUGCAUAAAACUGUGCUCCCGUCAAUGUGAUCAUGACGAUAAUAAGACCACUUGAGGAUACAAGAGAUCAUGGAAACAAAGGACAGAAGAUGCAAAUGUGUAUUUUACCACUAAAUAUGUCACUGAGUUUCAGUUUCGGAUGGAAAAGUUUAAUACACUGACCAACCUGGGAGUUCCUCUUUCUUCUCCAUGUCAAAAUUGAGUUUUUAACAGAGAUUGUAUCAUUCUGUUCACUGUAACAGGAGGGAAAACAGGUUUUUUUUCUUUAGAUGGCAAAGAAAAAUCUACUGUCAUGUGGGGAAAACUGACCAUAUUAUACAUCUAUACACUUAAUUCUGUUCAAAAUGCAACCUGCAGCUUGGUCACUUGACACAGGUUUGCCAGUUGUUUGGCUGUAUGAAUAUCGAAUGCAUAAGUCUGGUCCAUUUAAAUUUGAGAUUAUAAUAAUAUGGAAGGAUAAUGACAAAUUCCACAAUUGCUUCAGGCUGUUUUGACCCAACUGUUGAUGUGAGGAAGAGCUACUGGUUCCCCCUGGUAGGGCAACAAGUCUGUCAUGAGUCAUGACCACUGAGUGUUAGCGCCACCUUGUGGGCAGUAUUUCCCAGAGUUGGCAUUUUAAUUGUCCUCCUAAGAUUCAGUCUUUGUAACUGGAUAGGUUACAGUGAUAUGAGACCAUUGUUGUUUCUCGGUUUUUGGAAAAUAAAGAAUGUGUGAUCGGAA